AUGCCGAUCCAUACAUCUGUCACGCUUAACACUGGUGCUGAAAUGCCCACAAUCGGUCUCGGAACAUGGAAGAGUGCUCCUGGAGAUGUUGGUAAAGCUGUCGAGUAUGCUCUCAAAGAGGCCGGCUACCGCCAUAUUGAUACCGCGUACGACUACCGCAAUGAGGCUGAGGUUGGACAAGGGAUCAAGGCCUCUGGCGUCCCGAGGAGUGAAGCGCUAGAUGAGUCUUUGUCCAAACUCGGCACAGAAUAUCUUGAUCUUUGGCUCAUGCACUGGCCGGCUCCUAUGAAGGAUGGCAAGGCUGAUAAAUCGCUCGACUGGCUCGACGCCUGGAAACAAAUGGAAAAAAUCUACGAAACGCAAAGAGACAAAGUUAAAGCCAUCGGAGUCUCAAACUUUUCUGUUGAGUUUCUUCAACGCCUCUUGAAAGAAGCCAAGUUGUUCCUGCAAUCUUGCCCCCAGACGGAUGUGAUUGAACUGUGCCGCGAGAAUGGGAUUGCACUCACCGCGUACUCUCCUUUAGGAUCCGAUAACUCGCCACUUCUCACCGACCCGGCCGUGACCAAGAUAGCAGAGGCGCACGGCGUGCAUCCUGCACGUAUUCUCGUCUCGCUCUGGGCCAAUACCAACGGCGUAGCAGUUGCGGCGCAAUCAGUUUUGCCCAAGUCGAUCAAACCUGCACGCAUUGCAGAGAAUAACAAGGUCGUGGAACUCGCACCUGAAGAGAUUGCUGAGCUCUUGAAGAUUGAGCAGCGCAGCAAGUUCCGGGCUUGCAAGCCGACCUGGACCGGUUGGGGGACCCUCGGGUUCCCAGAUGUCAAAGAGUGA